UCGAUCACGAGGGCUGGUAUUGCCUAUCGCAGUGACCCCAAACAGGACAAAGUGUCGACCUCAGAGACAGAGCCUUCUGAGAAGAUGGCGGAUCUGGAUCUAGAUGAGGAAGAAAAGGCAAGAAGAAUCGCCGAAAAAGACCUGCAAGGCCACCGUAAGCAAACUUACAGCGGUUUCCUCCUCGUCUGGCUCAGCUUUCAAGCCACUGGAGUGAUCUACGGUGAUAUCGGAACCUCCCCCCUUUAUGUCUUCUCGUCGACCUUUUCCAGCCAGCCCUCGUGGGACGAUCUUGUCGGCGCCUUGUCCAUUAUCAUCUGGUCCCUGACUGUGAUUGUCACGAUCAAGUACUGCUUCAUCGUCUUACGCGCCGAUGAUGAUGGCCAAGGAGGUACCUUUGCCCUAUACAGUCUCCUGGCGAGGUACACCAACAUUGCGCGAAAUCGUGAUCCUAGAGAGGCAGUCAUGGUCCGCAUGGAGAGACAUCGCACCAACGAUCUUACGCUUGGCGGCAAGAGUCUCCGGAACUUCCUCGAGAAAUCCAAAUUUUGCCAGAUUAUGCUACAAUUUGUUGGUGUGCUGGGAGUAACCAUGGUCAUGGCCGACGGUGUCCUGACACCCGCACAAUCUGUCCUCGGUGCCAUUCAGGGUCUCGAAGUCGUCAAGCCUGACUUGUCUUUGUCAGCCAUUGUCGGCAUCACUUGCGCCAUCCUGAUUGUGCUCUUCUUGAUCCAGCCAUUUGGAACUACCAAACUCGGAACCAGCUUCGCACCCAUCGUGACCAUUUGGCUCCUCUUCAACAUGGUUGCUGGCAUCUACAAUCUUGCCAAGCAUGACCACACAGUACUCAAGGCCUUCAGCCCCUCUUACGCAUUCACUUACCUUGUCCGUAACGGACAGGACGGCUGGACCUCUCUGGGUGGCUUGCUCCUCGCCUUUACCGGCGUGGAGGCGCUCUUUGCUGACUUGGGCGCUUUCAGCAAGCGUGCCGUGCAACUCUCAUGGCUGUGUCUGGCCUACCCGUGCUUGCUUCUUGCCUACAUUGGCCAGGCCGCGUACAUCUCGACCGAUGAGACACAAACGGCUUUCACGAACCCUUUCUUCCACACUCUACCACCCGGAACCUUGUACUUCGGCUUGGUCAUGGCCAUCCUGGCGGCGAUUGUCGCCUCGCAGGCCAUGAUCACGUCGACCUUCCAGUUGCUAACACAGAUUAUGCGGCUUUCAUAUUUUCCUCAUAUCAAGGUCAUUCACACAAGCCGAAAGUUCUCCGAGCAAGUGUAUAUACCACUGGCAAAUUGGCUUCUAAUGAUUGGCACCGUCAUUGUCGCUGCGGUAUACAACAAUACCACAUCCCUCGGCAACGCUUAUGGUGUUUGUGUUAUUGCGGUUACUUUCAUCACAACAUGUAUGGUUGCUCUCGUUGCGAUCCUCGUUUGGAGACUGCCUUUCUAUAUUGUCACACCGGUCUGGUUGAUCUUUGCUGCGCUCGACGGCACAUACCUCUCAUCUGUCCUGCAAAAGGUCCCAGAGGGCGCGUGGUUUACCAUUGUACUGGCUGCCGUUCUUUGCUCCAUCUUCCUUGUCUGGCGAUUCGGAAAGGAGGCUCAGUGGAAGGCCGAGUCACUGGAUCAGCUCCCGCUUGCAGCUCUCAUGAAGUCGGACCAGUCAUCGUCAAACUCUCUCGUCUUGAAUGAGACGUUUGGUGGCGUACCCGUCUCGACUGUGCCUGGCCUGGGCAUCUUCUUCGAUAAGACUGGCGACUCCACUCACCUGCCUGCAUGCUUUACGCACUUUGUUAUCAAGUUCGCCGCCCGGCCAUCGGUCAUCAUCUUCUUCCACAUGCGGCCUCUCACUGUGCCUUCGGUACCCCUUGAAGAACGGUAUAUCGUUACACACGCUCACGGCCUCAUUGACUGUUACAACGUCACUCUCCGGCACGGCUAUAUGGAUGACGUGCUACACCCAGGCCUGGCGCGCGAGUUGGUAGGGCAAAUUGAGCUGACCAUCUCCCACAGUCGUCGCCCUAAUGCAGCGGAACUCGAGACGCUGCGGGCCGCGUAUAGAUCUCAGAUGGUGUACAUCCUCGGAAAAGAGGCGAUGAAAUUGAAGACAGGCAGUUCCAUGACUAGCCGCGUGACUGGAUUCUUUAGGAACUUUGUGCUGUAUAUAUUCUUGUGGAUGCGGGAGAACUCACGUACGAAGCUGGCGGAUCUUAACAUUGAUGCUGACAAGCUUAUUGAGGUGGGUUUCCUGAAGGAGAUUUGAAUCUUGUAUCCUUUGCCACCUUUUUGUACCUAGUACUGUAAGAAAUUGAUGGUCGCGAGAAAGAUUUUGCACCAAGGCCAUUGAAUGGCCGAUUUGAGCCAAAGUCAGAUGUGUUAAACUCAUAGUCAUAGCUUUCUCCAAUACUGAUCUUCAUUA